AUGGGGGAUUCACAACAAGAAAAUAAUAGAGGGAAGGGUAAGGAUAAAGAUGGCUAUGUAGUUUGGACUAUGGAGGAAACUAAUGAGUUGUUGUACCUCUUGGUGGAUGCUAUAAAUAGAGGGUUACGUGAUGCAAAUGGGUCCCUUAGUAAACAAAAUGUAGAGCGAGCUAUCAUUCCUCAGCUCAAUGCCAAAACUGAAUCAUAUAAAACUUAUAAUCAUUACUUGAGCCGAAUGAAGUGGUUUAGAAAUCAAUACAACAAGAUGUCAACGUUUAUGCGUAACAACUCUAGUUUUGGAUGGGAUUCCGUUGCGAAGACUUACACGGCUACUGAAGAAGUAUGGAAUAAUUACUUAAAGGUGAGCUAA